AUGGCGCAAGGAUUGGCUAAUUUAUCAUCGGAUGAACAAGGAAACGAAUUCCAGCAAGAUGACUAUGAGGAAGAGAAUCUAAAUAAAAUACAGCAAGAAGACCAUGAGGAGGAAAUGAAUCACCACCCUCGAAGGCGUAAAAGAUAUACAAAUCAUCUUACAUCAAACCUCGAACAAAAUCUUAUCGUUGAUGAUAAUGUUUACGAUAAUUCAGAAGUAAACGAGAAUGGAAGCAGUGAGAGUAAAAGUCAAAGUUUGCUAAACGAAGAUUAUAAUGAUAUUGCUGAAAUUUUCGAAGAAUAUUCGUGCCCAUCAUUUAUACCAUUUCAAGAAACAUAUAACACACAAUCAAUAAAUAAUGAUCGCUCCUUAUGGAUAUUGUUAUAG